GUUAUAUUGUUGACAUCCAGAGACGUCAAAACAUUCAAGCUGUCAGGCCAAAAGAAUAAAGUUUUCAAUAAAAAACGCGAUGUAAAUUACACGGAAGAAAUGUUCAAACGCGAAUAUGUAGUGAUUUAGGCAGAAUUUAUGACGAUAACACAAUGCGAUUCGCUCAACAAUAUGUUCCAAUAGUAUUUUGCUCACACUGACAAUAUGCGACCUCAGUUAAUCAAUUACUCCCUAACUGAAAUCGUGAUAUGUUUCAUCGUGGUCGGAUAUGCCGCUGUAGACUUAGUGCCGUGCGACAGAAGCAGAAGGAUCUUCCAUUCAUCCUGGGGCAUCAUCAGUGAUGGACCAGUGGGAUCAAAUUACACCCAAGACAGCCACUGUGAAUGGCUUAUCAAAGCUAAUGAUAGCAAAAAAUUCAUCACCUUGAGCUUUCGCAGUAUGGGCACCGAAUGCUCAUACGACUAUGUUUUUGUUUAUGAUGGAGAUUCUUUUAAUGCUCCUUUACUUGGUAGCUUAGUGGCAAGACUGAACCACAACAGGUUGUUGCCACCUCAGGAUAUAUGUUAGUGCUAUUGUACAGUGACACAAAUUACGUACUAGAUGGUUUUAGAGCAGAGUUUUCUAUUACAGACUGCCCAAAUAAUUGUUCUAAUCAUGGUAUGUGUUUUCACCAUCAGUGCAUGUGUGAGGGUGACUGGGGAGGGUAUGAUUGCUCAAGGAGGCUGUGUCCAGACAACUGUGGAAGACUGCAAGGGAGAGGUUACUGUGAACAGGGUAGAUGUGUCUGCAGAUCAGGAUAUUCUGGCCAUGCCUGUAGUUUAUUUGAACAUGAUGCUGUUGGCAAUAAAUGGCAUUGGCUCUCACAUUCUGAAGGAGGAUUAAAACCUAGAGCUGCACAUUCCGCUGUAUAUAUACAACUGACUGACUCUCUAUAUGUUUUUGGAGGAUAUAAUCUGAACAAUGUUCUUGCCAAUUUAGAAAUUUACAAUUUUCGGACAAGCAGUUGGAGAGACGAAAAUGGAGAAAUAUUGCCAGAUAAAGGUCUUGUAAGCUCCAUAGAACCUGGUGAUGUUGCUAAAUUGAUAGAAAAGGCUGGGCCUGAUUGGAAACAAAAAUGGGGCAUCACAGAAAGAGGCUCUUUCCUUAAGCAAUUAUUGUAUACUGUAAGUGAAAAUACUCAAAACAGGCGGCACCAGAGACAUUCCAGAGUAACAGAUGAUCACAAACCUGCAUCACGCUAUGGUCAUGCAGCAUGUGCACUCAAAGAUGGUUUUCUUCUAUAUGGUGGCAAGUUGCAUAAUGGUAGCCUGGCAAAUGAUCUAUGGUAUUAUAAUGUCACAUCUGGCAUUUGGCAGCUGAGGGCACAGCUGUCAGAAUUCCGUCCGCCCAGACUGACCAGACAUACUCUCACAUGUGCCAAUGAGAUUAUUUAUUUAUUUGGAGGUAGUACAGAUAAUGGGGAAUUCUCCUCCGCAUUGUACAGCAUACAGCUGUCGCCGGACUUCGACGAGAGCUGGAAAGAGAUAAGACCAAGAGGGGGCAAGCAGCUGGAUAUAAGGGUUGUUGCACAUACCACUGCCUAUCACCCCGCCACAAACUCAUUGGUGGUUUAUGGAGGCAUAGUAGCAGGUGUAGCCAGAUUUUCGAAGCUCUCAGACAGGAUGUUCAUGUUCCAAUUGGACAAUCGUCACUGGGCUGAGAUCCAUUACACACGGGAACAUUUACGGGAAAAGUUUGUGCCGAGAGAACGUGCCUUCCACACCGCCAAUGUGUUCGGGAACUAUCUAGUCGUUUUUGGGGGCUAUUCCCACAGGCAUAAUAAAGAAGAGAUCUGCUACGACAAUCAAAUGUAUCUCUAUCACUUGGGCUGCCACACUUGGGUGAAUCCGGAUAUUUUGGGCAAGACUAACGAGUCCAGAUAUCCCAAACAGCAGGGUGUAUUCGCGCAUGCUUCCAGCGUCCGUCAUGGUCACACUUUAUUGCUUGUGGGCGGUUACCACGGCAACGUAAAUGGGGACCUGCUUGCCUAUUCGGUCCCCGCUCAGCUGGCGGCACGUAGGCGCGACGAAGUGUACGACCCGGAGGCAGCUUGUACCAAACAUCGAGGUUAUGCCGAGUGUUCUGCGGAUCCAGAAUGUGGUUGGUGUUCUGCUGACGAGCAGUGCUAUGGGAGAACAGUGGGCGCCAACUGCACAACAAACUUACAAACAACACGAUGUCCGGGUCUGUGCCCUGCAUUAGGCGACUGCCAUUCUUGUCUUGUACAUGGAAGACUUGCCAAAGGUCGGAGACCCAUGGUCUCCGUUGCUCACAAACUAGGUUUAGAAGAAUGCACCUGGUGUGUACAAAAUGCCCGCUGUCAUCACAAAGACGACAAUUAUGGUGUGUGCGGUCUACAAGAGGACAGUCCUAGUCAAAUUCCUGGGUGGUGGGGUCCGAAAGGAACGGAAGUGAUUGCACCAGAACAAUGUAGAGAACUGGAUCGAAGACCUGGACUAACCUUCGUCAAAUAUCACCAUCCGGUGAACUAUUCACAGCCAGACAAUGUUGCCAUUAUUAAUGCCACAACGGUGGAUUUCAACAGUCCUAUGUCAUCCUAUCUUCGAGGAGAUCUGUCAUUCUCCGGCGGUGAGAUGGUGGCUCGUCUUCUUGGCUUCCUUCGUCUGCCUCCCAAUUGGCGUGAAAUGCUGAACGUUUGCAUCAGCUAUUGUUCAGCAACACUCACAGUAUCCGAUCAAACCAUUGCCAACGUGUCUGCUGAAGUGAAAGAAUGUAACGUAUUCAAAUGGCCCGAGAACCUAACCCUGGACCGAACUCCCGUCGACUUCAAGUCCAAAAAGAUGGUGAACACAGGCGCCUACAACUCCCACAUCCAGCAGAGCAAAAUGGAGUUACAGCAUUACAAAGACUCCGAAGAUACGCCGAAAGUGUUCACGUUCGAAUACUUGGAACCAUAUGCCAAUGGGAGCUGCGAUCAGUACAAGAACUGCCUGCACUGUUUGACGGACUCACAGUGCGGAUGGUGCGACCUCACCAACACGUGCGAAUCGAGGUUGGAAGAUGAGAAGAUUAGUUGCUCGUUGGGCGGAGAUUGGAGAUAUUUAACUCUCCAGCCGAGCAGCUGUUCGAACUGCUCAAAUUUUAUAACCUGCGAAUCUUGCAUAGGAACUCAACUUUGCGAAUGGUGGAUAGAAGAAGCUAAAUGUGUUAGGAUAGGUCAAAGGACAGAUGCUGCUAUAAGCUUGCAGCAAUGCCCAGUGCCAUGCUAUAAGAGGAACGAAUGCGGCUCAUGUCUGGCUCAAAAAGGCCGAUGCGUGUGGUGUCAAGCGACCCAGCAGUGCUUCAGCUUCUCCAUUUAUACCAGUGAAUACCAGUUUGGGUUGUGUCGCGAGUGGCUUGACCAAGCAUUUCCUCUCGUGUCACGCCAGGAAAACGGAAUCUCACCUUCAGGGAAGACAGUGGAGCAAUGUAAAACGUGCUCAAUGCAUACGAAUUGCUCUACGUGUCUCGGCGCUCUUAGUUGUGGCUGGUGCUACAAUUCGACCAAUCCUAUGAGCGGGAUGUGCGUACAGGGAGACUUUAACAAACCGCAGACAAACUGUUCUGUAGUUUUGAAAAGUCAUAAGGCCAAAUGGGCGUAUGCGCAGUGCCCUGAUGUAGAUGAAUGUGGAUUGGGAUUACAUGAUUGUCAUCCCGAGGCAAUCUGUACAAAUACGGAUGGAUCUUUCAGCUGUCAUUGUAGGAAAGGUUACAUCGGGGAUGGUCGCAACACGUGUGUGCGAACGUGUGCGAAUGUUUGCGUCCACGGUGCUUGCCAAGGCGAGCCGGAAUAUCGGUGCAGGUGCGACCUAGGAUGGUAUGGCGAUGAUUGCAGUAAAAACUGCGGUUGCAACGGCCACUCCACGUGCACUGCUGGACCUGGGCUUUGUGACGAGUGCCAGCAAAACACGAUGGGCGAGUUCUGUGAUUUGUGCCAGCCGGGGAGUUACGGAAAUGCUACUAGCGAGCAAGGUUGUCUGCAGUGUGAUUGCAAUGGUCAUGGCGACAUAUCACAGGGCGUCUGUGACCUUGAAACCGGUAUCUGUUUCUGCCUCGAUAAUACCGACGGCGAACAUUGUGAACGCUGCCUCCCUAACUAUUGGGGUGACCCGAGGAACGGCCGCCAAUGCUACUACCAGUGCGAGGCGAGAGGGGUGCUGAAAGGGACGAGAGGUCAGGGCAUCAGUUCGAAGAGGGCGUACAGGGCGCCUUGGGGAGGACCACCUGCCAGAGAGUGUUUAUGGAUAGUCGAGCCCGAGGUGGAUAGUGGGACACCGAUCAUACAGCUACAGAUCAACGCAUCUCAACUAAACGUCACCUGUGGUGAAAAUGCAGUGUAUGUCUACGACGGUUUACCAGAGUUAGUCGACAUGGGAAGUCAAAGUGCUUUGUCUGCAGUUUUGUGCACUGAAGAAGCCAUGCCAACGACCAUUGUAGAGUCCAGAACAGGUCAGCUGACAGUCCACUAUAAACAAGGCCUCUCCGGCGAAUCGUUCAGCGCGGUCUACAAAAUCCUGACAUGCGACGACUGCCAACCGCCUCGCGAGUGUCAGAAUGGCGUAUGCGCAUGCGCUAACGGCCUCGUGGGGCCCGAAUGCAAGGAGGAGAUCUGCCCGAAGGACUGCGGUCAACGGGAGGGAUGGGGGACGUGCGACAAGUCGUACGGCAGGUGUCUGUGCAACGAGAAGUACACGGGCGUCGAUUGUGGGGUACAGAGGAAGAAGAGUCACCUGUUGUUCACGGAGCUGUUCAAUACGAUACGGUUGGCAGAUAGUUUGGACCAUUUCAGAAAGACGUUGCCCAGAUUUGGCCAUUCGCUGGUUUCCGAUCGCAGAGGUGCACUUUGGAUGUUCGGGGGUUAUUCUUUAUCACACGGCCCCUCAACGACAUUCGACUGUUUGACACGAAAAACCUCACUUGGAUGCAAGUCACCAUAGAAUCUACGCCAGAUGCCAAAAUGCCCACGGGCAGAUAUUUUCACGGAGCUGAUAUAGUUCACACGCAGACAAUCUUCAUUUACGGGGGCCUUACCAAGAAGCAGAAAAAUUACAGCAACAGAACACUGGAUGAUUUUUGGCAGUUCGACAUCCAGAACCAACGUUGGAGCGAGAUUGAGAAGAAGUAUAUAUGGCCACCAGCCGUAUCUGGCCACACUCUGACCUACCACAAGGCACAGGACAGUUUGAUCCUGAUCGGAGGCGUAUCGCCACAAGGAGGCUUCCUGAACCUAGUUUGGGAGUAUCGUUUGGAAAAAGAACACUGGCAAGAGCUAAACAUCAAAGGAAUGGGACCAGCUGGUAUAUUUGGUCACACGACAGUGUAUCACAGUCAGAGCAAUAAUUUGUUUGUGUUUGGUGGUGUGGUGUAUACGAAGGGACAAUCAUUGGUCAAAAAUAACCUGUAUAUGUUGAAUUAUGAGUCGAAAACGUGGACAGAGUUGAAUAGUCUUGAUCCUUCAAUUAGUUGGCCUCGCCCAAGAGUAUUUCACUCUGCUGUUACCACUGAUGACUACAUGCUGCUUAUGGGAGGUCGCAUGUAUCCAUGGAAUAUAACUGACACCUUCUAUGCCUACUCGUACAACUGCAAUCAGUGGAUUAACCUGAUGGAUGAUGCCACAACAAAAGUGGGUCCCUUCCCAAGACAAACGUACGCCCAAGCAAUGACGGUGGAACCGGAUGGCGACGCAGUGUACGUCAUAGGCGGUUGGGGAUUGGACAGUCAGAGCAGCGUGUUGCGUAUCGAGUUGCCGGUCGACUUGUGCAACUUAUGGCCGAGAAAGAGAGCGUGCUUGGCUGUAUCAGGCUGUGGGUACUGCGCGAAUAAAAUCCACGAAGAGGUUAGGACGCAACAGUGCCAUGCCAACACCAAGGAGUGUCCACUUGAUCCCAUCUUGAACUCCUCCCGAGUGACGAAUCAGGGUCGCAUCUGUAGUGUAUACUCCUCAUCGAAUUGUACGCUGAUGCAGGACUGCAGCUCUUGUCUACAGACGAGUUCGUGCAGCUGGUGCCAAGGAGCCUGCACAAGCAACACUACCCAGUGCAGCGUGCCCCAGUUGAAGUGCCUGUCAAACAGGUGCAUCGCCACCGACUGCAUCCAGUGUCAUCAGAUACCCGGCUGUUACUGGGAUUCCAGGAAGGAGUGUAUACCGAAUCUUCAGGACGACGGUGCGACUACUGUAUCGGAAUGUCCGCAACCGUGUAUAAAUUACUCGACGUGUAGUGCCUGUCUUGAAGUACCUGACUGUAGAUGGUCAACGCAAUUAGACGAAUGCAUAUCAGCUUCAUAUCAAGAUAUCUAUUGUGCUGGAGGAGUUUGUGGAUUGGUCAUGGAAUCUGAAGAUAGACAGUACUGUCCAGAACCUUGUAACUCGUUCAACCAAUGUUCAAGUUGUCUGCGACAUGCGCACUGUGGGUGGUGCGCAGCUCCAGGAAAUAGAGGCGAAGGUGUCUGUGCAGAAGGGUCUAACGAGCGACCAAUGGCCGGCACUUGUAAUAUUAUUUAUUAUGAGAACUCUCGUAAACUACUAGAUGAUGAAAGAAAUCCUGCCAAUCCCGAGGACAUCGACGCAGUUGCCUCUUACCUGAACGAUUUGAACGUGUCGUACAGCUGGCACUACGUAAAAUGUCCUCCCGAAAACGAAUGUUUGAACGGCCAUCACACUUGCGCGAACGAGUCCGAGAUCUGUGUAGAUCUAGAGGAUGGAUUUGAGUGCAAAUGUGGAGCUGGAUAUAAAGCUGGAGUGAAUGGAUGUGAGCCUGUGUGUCCUUUAGGAUGUGUUCGUGGUCAAUGUGUUCAACCUAAUAACUGUCAUUGCGACUUUGGCUAUGUGGGUGCUAACUGCAGUAUACAGUGUCAGUGCAACGGCCAUGCAGAUUGUGAAGGUCCAGAUAAACUAGAUAAAUGCUUGAAGUGCCACAAUAACACCAUGGGUUCACAAUGUGAAAAAUGCCAGCCGCUAUUUGUUGGAGAUCCCACGGACGGUGGAUCUUGCGUUCCUUGUCUAGAAUACUGCAAUGGCCAUAGCUCGAUAUGCGUGGAUAACAGCACUGAUUUAGAUCCAGAUGACUUCAUCGACAAUGAUUAUAUUAAAGACAAUCUCAAAGAAGGUCCAAAAGGCAACGCAAAGUGUUUAAGAUGUGCUAACCUCACUUCGGGCGCUAGGUGCGAUGAAUGUAUUGUGGGUAACUUCAGAGGUAGUGAAGAUCAUAGACAUCCUUGCAGAGCUUGUGAAUGUCAUGGACAUGGUGAUACUUGCGACCCAGUACAUGGUGAUAAGUGUGAUUGUCGUAACAAUACGGAAAGUGAUGUAUGCAGAGAUGGAUCGUCUUCUAGUGGCAGUCAAGCUUCCCAAGAGAAGAACUCGGCGCGUCUAUGUUGGGAGGUGCAAUGCAGCAAGUGCAAAGAUGGAUAUCUUGGUACGCCCACUUCAGGACACCAGUGUUAUAAGCAGAUGCAUGUUGACAACAAAAUGUGUUUCGAUGCUAAACCUAUGGAUGAGUGCAAAAUGAAGCCGAAACCCCUCCACCCUGGCGAAGUGGUGUUCUUCGUCAUCCAGCCGCGCUUCAUGAACGUCGACAUCCGCAUCAUAAUCGACGUGACGCAGGGCAGACUGAAUGUGUUCAUGAGUACGCACGACGACACGUACGUCGCGUAUCCGAACAGUACCACCGGUGCCGUCGACGUAGACGUGGACGCGCAGCACGGCCGAUGGGAGAACGGUACGUUGAAAUCAAAGGAUGUGUACAUGGAGCGAGAGGCAGUUGGAUUGAGGACGUACAUCACUAUCACGCAGCCGAAGACAAUUCUGUUCGUUAAGCAUCUGCAAGAUAGGCUGGUGAUCACUUUGCCUGAGGAGUACCACAGCUUGGAGACGACGCGAUUCUUUCUAGUCCUGCAAGCCCUCGAUCCAAUUGAUACAGACAAAAAGGUAGCUUAUGGUAUUGUCUACUCCCGCCAAGAUCAACUACACAUAGAUCUGUUUGUCUUCUUUUCGGUAUUUUUCUCGUGUUUCUUCCUAUUCUUGGCGGCAUGCGUGGUAGCGUGGAAAGCGAAACAAGCAGCCGAUGUGCGACGCGCUCGUCGUCGGCACGUAGUGGAAAUGCUGCACAUGGCGAAACGGCCCUUCGCCAGGGUCACAGUGAGUUUGGGUGUCGUGGGCACUCCAUCUAAUACCAAGAAGAGAACCGGAGGAUGGGAGUUGAGGCCGGUUGCUGUCGAACCCACCGGUAAGAUUCGUUUAAUUCGUAACUACUCUGCGCGAAUUACGGCAAAAGUGAUGCGUUGGCAGCUGUAGCAACAGUGUUUGUAAGUUUACCAGGAGAUCAAAGUACCUCCGUCCGACUGGCGUUAGCAUCAUCAUUGAUUUUACUAGCAAGACAGUUUCCAUCUGGAGGCAGGAUAUUUCUAAGGCGGCGGUCCAUACAUGCAGCCCCGCCAGCGCCAACCUAGACUUUUUUACGUGUUGUUUUAUUUUAUAUUUUUAAGGUUGUUAUUUAUAAUAAGACUAAAUGUGAUACAA